GAAUCCUGUCCCACAAUGCCAUCUAUCCAGCUGCCCCUGCUGCUCCUCUGCUUGACCUUGUGUGGUGUUUGCUUCAACGGGGGACAUCUCCUUCCAGAGGAAAGUGAAAACAUGGGAAAAAGUUCCCUGGAUGACAUCCUUCAGAGACCUGAAAGCCUCAUUCUUCAGUCUGUCCUCAAGGAAGCUGAAAAGGAAGAAGAGAUUAAUAAAGAAUCAAAUGCCCCUCUGCUACAAUGGCUUUCCAAAAGACAACACCCUGGGAAAAAGUAUGUAAGUAACCUGAAGAAGAGACAGCAUCCUGGAAAAAGAGCUAUUGAGGAAGAGACAUCUUAUGGAGACAUUCAGAAGAGGCAGCAUCCAGGAAAAAGAGAGAUGGAAGAUGACCUUGAUGUCUAUCUGGAGCUGAAAAGAAAACAGCCUCCUGGCAGAAAGUCACAGUUGGAUCAGUUUGCUAACAGCCCUAGGGCACAGCUAACCUACAUGAGUGAGUUAUCCAAAAAAGAACAUCCAGGCAGAAGGUAUCUAAUGUACAAGCACCAGCAUCCUAGCAAAAGAGGCUGGAAUUAUGAAGUAGAAUACAGUGAGAAACACCAGCAUCCUGAAAAAUGGCACUGGAAUUCUGACAGCUCAGAUGACACAGGCCAUCAGGCGUCAUUCACCUGUCACAAAGGCAGCUUGUUGCUUGAUUUAGUAGAAGAUGUUAGCAGAGACAGGGUAGAAGUAAAGCAUCAGCACCCAGGAAAGAGCUCAGCAUUGGAGAGUGAAAAAAAGGAAUGAGAAAAUAAUUGUGUAGCACUUGCAUUUGGUGAAGUAAAUUGCCAGAUCACCAAAACAUUCUGUUCACUCAUUUUUGGCUUCCUGUUGCUGACCUCUGCACCUACCUUUCGGUGUGUUAAUGUCCCCAUCCAAGUUAAUGGCUUUGUCACACACUUAAAGCAAAAGAACUAAAGGACCCAUAUGAAUGGAACAGACUGAGAAUCUUCAAUGCCCCUACUUUAGGAAGAGUGCUUAUUUUCUCAGGAGCCCAGACCCCAGAAUAAUCCAACUGUGUGUUCCUGAAUGACUGAAACAGGCUCAUAAAUUUCUGUUCUGAUGCUACUGAAAUAGAAUCAUUAUAUGGUUUCCUCUCACAUCAGUGAAAUCAGUAAAUAGUGAGGGAGAAAAAACAUAUGCCAAUUGUUUCAAAAUUAAAUAGAGCAGUUUUUCAGUUCUAAAUGAUAACAUUCUGGACACCUGAGUCCUUGUACACUACAGUCUGUUCAGACAGUAAGCACUAUAGAGAGACAGGAACAGUUUCAACUGGAACAAAAGAAAUUAAUGACUUGAUAGUCUGACUUGGAACUGGCACAGGAAAACCCUUUUCACCUAAGAUGCUACAGAGUGCAAACGGUUAAUACAUCCCUGAACAUCUCAAGCACAGCAGUGAUCCCCCUGACUGUGUACAGCCCACACUAGAACUCCCACCCUGGUGUGUCCACACUUCAGUCAUGCCCCUUGAAAUCAUGCCUUCUCCUCAGACAUUUAAUAAUAAAGCAAGAAGAAAUCCUUUCCAGUAAGGAUUUCUGACUUCUCUCAAAGGAAUGCUUUUACUUUCUGUGGUCAGACUUCCAAAAGUGUUUACUUGAUAUGAAUUAUUCAAUAAACAUAAAUAGUCAACUCUGGUGUCCUAAUUCGUUAUACAAACACACUGGAAUAGCAUGAAAAACAUACAACCAACUCAAGCUAAAUAAAAUAACAUCAGAAGGUAUUCUUCUACAUAUAAUCUCCUUGCGUGCUGGUGGUCAGCACAUGCUUGUACUUGAAACUUUAACUACUGAAGUGGAAGGAUGAUAGACUCCCUUUUAAAAUCUUCCACCUGUAUGACACACAAAAUUAUGCAUUUGGGCUAAAGUGGGUCUAAACAAUUGAUUUACUGAUUUCUGCAAUUGAUACACAGUUACUGAGCACACUGAGUUACAUCACUUCUUGUACAUUCAAAGAAAUUAUAGCACAUCAAUAUUUUGCUAGAAUGUUAUUUUGAUGAACAAAUUAGUGUAUUUUCCAUCAACAUUCAUCCUCAAUACCAUCGAGACGCAUUAGCUGACUCGGAAUUCCUCCUCAGUUACAGAAAUCAGUUUUGCAGAAGCUUUUGCAAUUUAGCUGCCCUGAAGAAAAACAAUUAAUCAUCUCACAAGUUUCACUGAAGCUGGAUGCCCACAGGCUGAUCAACACUUAACAUGGUCUAUCAAACAAUUUCUAACUUUGGAAAUAAAAUGCUCUUCAGUAUGUGACAAUGGUCAGACAUCUUCUAUUGACAGGAGGUUUCUAAUAAACAAGUGCUGAAGAAGUCCUUAGAGAAGAUAGGUGGGGACAUUCCAGACACUUCAAUUUCAACAGGAAGCACACUUUCUAUAUAUGAUGCUUUUUAAAAUGUGUCAUUUGCAUUUUAUCAGGGAAAAACCUAUUUCUCUGAAGGAUAUCAUUUCACAUACCAUUUUUGUCAGUGAAUGAAUGUUUCUUAAACCUUGGGGAACACUACUUGCUAUGAAAUCCUCAAAAUAAGUGAAACACAAAAAAGAAAAAUUAUGAACUGGGUAAACAUGGGUGACAUCAAAGUUUACAUAUUUCAAAAGUUCUUUUUUCUAACUCACUCUUGUAUCUCAAAUUGUCCAGAUUCUAGCUUGGAUCAAAAGGACAUUUUCUCCCAGUGUCUGCAUGAAAAUUUAAUCUCUAUUUAUUAAUUUCUUCCAGUUAUCUGCAGUGU